AUGGAAAUUGGUGGACUAUUUACAAUAUUCCUAAUUAUUGCUUUGGUAAUUAUUUGUGGACUUGCAACAUACUAUGAUGCUAUAUAUGAAUCACAAACUGAAAGGAUAAAAACCAAAUUUAUACUGACUGAAAAUACUAAAAAUAUAACUUUUUCCUCAUCUCAAAACACCAAGAGCUCUUCUUUAUCAAAUUCUUUAGAAAUAUUAAGAUGCUUCUCUAUUACUUCAAACUUAUCAAAAUUAGUUGAAAUAAGAACAACUAAAAAAGGUGAUAAUAGCAACGUAUUAAACUCCUUGAGAGUCUUAUCAAUUUCGUGAAUUAUUUCUUCUCACGUUUUUGGGUUCUAUAGCCUUAGAAUUUUAAGUUUAAGUUUAAAUGAAAUCACUUUAUAUUCAGUCUCCUUGCUUGAGGUCUAACUUGAUUAACAGCUCUGAACAACAGUAGGUGGACCUUCCUAACCUCGAACCGUUAAUAUUAUCAAGUCCGCUAAGAUUUCUCUGAUCAGUGCCAGACUCAGCACUGACCUCUUCACUUCACUCUAGACUCUCAGGAGGAUCGACCUCUUUCACUAAGUCCGAGUAUAAGUCACUACCUGCAGAGCAGGUCUCUAGGACCUAUCUUACUGCCAUUUUAAUAUUGUGCCUUAGAAUUGUCACAAAUAUGAUUGAACUUCCUGAAAUAGCAGGGAAAUUAUGGGUCGCUUUUAUAUAUGGAGGCUUUUUUGCAGUGGAUUUUUUUUUCUUUUUCAGUGGCUUUUUAUUAGGAUAUUUAUUACUUACUCCCCUCUCCGUGAGCGAACAAAAAAAUAUUGUUUGAUUUUGUUUUAAUUAUAUAAUUUUUUUUUGAAAUUUAAAAAAAUCUGAAAAAGCAAAAAUUAAAAAUUUAAAUUUAAAUCAUAAAUUUUAAAGUCACAGAAUCUUUUUAUAUUAAUUAUAAUUUGUAUUACAAAAUAUAUUUAUCAAACAAAUUUUUUAUUUAAAUUUUUUUUUUCGCUCACAGAGGGUGAGUUUCUAUCCAAAGAAUAGGUAUUUUUCUAACGGUUUUGCUAGCUUACGGAUUAGGGGGAGUUAAUGAUAUAGAGAAGAAAAGAGGCGAAUUAGGAGUUAUGGAUUGGACAAUAAGAAAUGUCCAUAGAUUUUUUAGGCUAUUACCAUUGUAUGCUUUCUUAAUGCUAUUUUUUAAUACAGUUUGGCCAUCUAUGGGCAGCGGGCCUAUCUGAAGUUAUAUAAAAGAAUACAAUAUAAAGCAAUGCGAAGACUAUUGAUGGACAAAUCUUUUAUUUUUAAUAAUUUUAUACCUAAUGGAAACGGAAAUCCAUGUUUUGCAGUUGGGUGAUACUUGGCAAAUGAUAUGCAAUUCUUUUUAG